AUGCAGAUGCUGGGGAGAGAAGAGAGAUGCUCGGUGAUUGGGGAGUGUACGUGUUGGCUUGUGGAGAGCAGCAGUGCGCGGUACGGGGAGGUUCGGCAGGACUGGCAGAAUAUCUGCGCGCGGCGUAAUCCUGGCGGCGGCGCCCCCGCCCCCGCCGCCGCCCCCGCCACCGCCCCCGCCCCCCGGUGUCCUGGCGCGGUCGCCAGCCUUGCCGCGCCAUUACCCGCCGUCCUCCGCCGUCGCGGGCUGCGCCGCUCGCCCGCCUCGCCUCGGAUUAAUUCAUUAGCCGCCCGCCGGCGUCCGGCCACUCGGCGCUGCCCGGCCAGCGUUCCAAUUUUCCUUAUGGCUUUAAUUAAGCCCUUUAUAGCGGCCGGCCCUUCUUGCGGCCCCACAGCCCACAGGCCACCGCCGUCCUCAAAUCAGCAGCCGGCAGCCGCCUGCCUUCCGGAGGAAGAAGACCCGCCAGACGUGGCCGGGGCACUCGCUCUGCUCAUAUCCCAGUUAACUCGCAGACAGCGCGCCCCUCACAGAACUCCAACACACAGUUUCAGAGCUGGCUCUCUGCUUAAAGCUGUCGCCACCUACAAAGCCAAGGAGGCGGGGGAGGAGGAGGAGGAGGCGGCACGCACGCGCCGGCGGCUGCCGACCGGCGACCGAGGAGGUGCCGGUGUGAGCGCGUCUGGGGACGCCUUCGCCGACGUGGCGGGCCCCGCGUCCCAGGGGUCUGCAGUUCGCGGCCCGCCGUCCCCGGUGCAUGUUGCAGGAGCGGCGCGGCGCGGCGCGGCCCGCCCACACACGGCUGACCCCUCGGCGUUUUGA